AUGACGUUCAAGCUCGCGAGGGCUGCCCUCCGAGGUAUCGCCCGCAUCUCCGGAUUCGUGUGGGGCUGUGAUGGCCCGGGAUGGAUCCCGACCCCUCGCCGCCCCCUGAUUGUGACGGCUGCGUCGCUGGCCGGCUUCUUCGCGGCGAAUACCUAUGUCACCGAUCGAUGUCAACCACUAUCCAAAGUCACGGGCAACUUCACGAUCGGCUGGAACCUCCAAUUUCCGGCCGAGAGCGAGGCUGGGCUCGCCGACGAUGGCGAACAGUGCGGCGACUCGUCGGUUGUUGAAGAUGUGCUCGUCGAUGGCGUCCGCCGUUGCUUUCGUAAAGGUCCCCGCAAGGUU